UUUGAUAUUUACUUUGUUUUUGUAGUACGAAAUAGCUUUAUUAAUACAUUAAUAAAUUACAAUAAUGAGUUCUUAGUGUGACAAAACGUGAACUUUAGUGUGAUUUUUUAUUUUACUUUCUUUCGACAUUGAAAUGUUUAACCCUGAUAUUAACGAUUACCAGCUGACUUCGAUAAUAGCGGAAUGCUGUGGGGGUGUUGCAGUAGUGUAUUCAGCUGUUUACAAACCGUACAACCAAAAUGUGGCUAUUAAAAGAUACUUUGUUGAUAAAGAUAAGGAAAAAGCCAGUUUAAUACAGCAAGAUAUUCUGACACGGAAGGAACUGCAACAUCCAAAUAUUUUACCAUAUCUUACAUCAUUUGUAUAUGGUCCAGAGCUGUAUGUGGUAUCUCCGUUGAUGAAUCUCGGAUCUUGUAGAGACAUAUUGGACCGACACUUCCAGGAGGGCCUACCGGAGCUGGCUUGUGCUAUUAUAUUAAGAGAUGUGUUAUUAGCAUUACAAUAUUUACACAAACAAUUUUAUAUACAUAGAGGUGUCAGAGCGAGUCAUGUUUUAUUAGAUAUAAAUGGCACGGUCCGGUUGUCCGGCCUACGUAGUGCGGCGUCCAUGAUGGUGCGCGGGAGGAGACAGAGGCAGUUGCACAGCUUACCCCCUCCGGACCAUGACAAUGCUAAUCUAAUGUGGCUGAGUCCAGAACUUUUGGAGCAGAAUCUCAAAGGCUACGAUGAACAAUCUGAUAUAUAUUCACUGGGCGUAUUCUGCUGCGAACUUGCAAACGGGGCAGUUCCAUUCGCAGAGGUGCCGACCACGCUCAUGUUCACGGAGAAAGUGAGAGGGAGCAGGCCUCAGUUGCUCGACUGCUCAUCUUUCCCUGAACCCCUGGAUGACGGUGAGAUGAAGAGCAUGUACAACACGGACAGCGGCGUGGGCGACAGCGCGGAGGGCGUGUCCCGCCUGCGCGCCGCCUACGCGCGCCGCAAGCUGUCCGACGCCUUCCACCACCUCAGCGACCAGCUGCUGCAGCGAGAUCCGGAGAAACGGCCUUCAGCAACACAGCUGUUGAACCAUCCCUUUUUCAAGCAAAUCCGAAGAACCGACUUCUUGCCCAGCCUCAUCGGACGAGUCAAACCAAUUAAACCUGAUCCUGAUGACAUAUCAGCCCUGCUACUGCAAGAGAAGAUAUCAGAAAUGGAAAUCGAGAAAUCGACGGAGUGGGAUUUCUAGUAUUUACCAAACCACCAAGCACAAGUGUACAAUGCACAGUUAUGCCAAAAUUAUACCAAAUAUGUUUGCUGAGUGUUUCAACAGUCGGUACGAAAUGUAAAAGUUCACAAAACUCAUCAUUUAAAAUCAAUCUAAGUGAAAAGAUGUGCGAUAGUGACAACAGUUUCCACAUCUAAAGGUGUGUGCGUAACGCACACCACAGUACUCUGCGUCUACGCACCCGAGGUCACGUUGCGUGGAAUUUUAUACCAUAUAAUAAAAUUGUCGUCAAAAACUUUGUCCCAUAUACUAUUCCUUAGUAACAAUGUUUAGAAAAUUUGAGGUUAUAAUUGUUUAAAUUUUUCACACCAAUAUAUAACGAACAUGGAAUUGACAGAAAGCAAUAGUAAAAAACAGAUGCCUUAAUAUAAAUAUCUUUAUAUCGCGUUAGUUAAGCCGUAUAUAUAUUAUAUUAAAAUAAAUUAGAAAAAUUUCGUUAUUAGUCUGAUAUCGAGAAGAGUUUGCAUUUUGAUAUUCACAGGACAGACAAUUAGAAAUAGUUUCCAACGGUUAAUUAGUAAGUACUAGGCGUAUGAAUUUUAAUGCUUCAAUAACUUUACUAAAUUAAGUAUGUGUAAAAUAUCUUAAGUCAUUCAUUUGACCAUUUUGUCAUACCAGUAUUUUAUAAGAAUUAUUUAUACAAACCAAUGUUAUAUCUUCGCUCUUCGAUGUGAACAAAAUGUAAGCGAAGGUUGACCCGACUUUUCUCAACAAAUUACACAUGUAUCCUGCGACUAUAAUUAUAUUUUUGACUUAUAUCAAAUUGUAUAUAUGUUUGUUACAAGCCAAAAAUACUAUAUGUCAUCAAUUCUUAAAUAUAUAUGUAAAUGGUUAAAGCUUUUUUGUAAACAAUAACACAACAAUAUGCUACUGGUGCUACAAUUUUAUUAUUUUUUUUUUUUUUGUUGUAAAAUUAUGUUUUCAUGAGCGUUGCAAGGUGGACUAUGGUAAAGCUCUAAGAGCAUGCUAUUCAACCCUUUGAAAAAAGGUUAUAUAACAUUGUUCUAUAUAUAAAUAUGCAAAGACCCAAGGGAGAACAUUAUUAUUUUAAAAUAUUUUGGAAAUAAAGAAUAAAAAACGGCCGAAUCAUUCAAAUAUAAUCCCAGUCAAGUUAGUCACAACGUGCUAAUCUCGCAAAAAUUCCCGUCAGCAAUUUUUAAUCGACUUCAAAAAGGAGGCUACAAAUCAUUUGUAUAUGUUUUAUGUUUGUAACCUCAGAAUUCCGUCAUUUAUAAAACUAUUUAGAGAAAUGUUUUUGUUUGAGUUUUUAUUUUCAUUUGGUGCCAUUACAAUUUGAAGGAUACCAACUAAGUGGUACCACUGCCCAUAGACAUGGGCACUAAAAAUUAAUAACAAUUCCCUACAUCGCCAACGACGUUGGAUGAGCUCACUCACUCUUCAAACAGGAGCAAAAGAAUAGUGAGUUUUGGUAUUAGUAUGUGUGAUAAGUGUGUGGUACCUUCCCUGAUGAACUUGCACCACCACCGAAUAUAUAGUUAAUAAUGCAGAAGAUAAUGUAUAGAUGUGGGUAAAAAAUAUUUGAAAAUAGCCGAGAUAUUGAGCAAUUUCCCCCUUUAGUCAAGAUUGCGCCUAACGCAUAGUAAACCCCCUUAAAAUUUGAGCAAUAAAAUUGCUGACGGAAACUUUGCCAGGUCAUUUAUUAAUUUGACUGGGCUAUAUAAAUGUUUUCCUCGAAUUUGCAAUAUUUUUAAACACUAUGUAACCACUAGUAAAUUUUAAAAGUUUAUAAUUUGGGUAUACAUCUUGCUCCAGUCAAAAUUUUAAAAAUAUUUCUUUACUAGGGUUUGAUAGACGCCAUUUCGAGAAUUGUGUAGUUAUAAAUUUUCAUAAAAAAGCGGUAUCGUUUGUCCCCUGUAGUCUAUUUUUCAUAUUUUUUGGAAUUGUUUUAGAUUGAAUUAAAAUUUAUGUCCCUUAGUUUUUAAUAUAAAGAAAUAUUGGGCUCGAAGAAGUUUUUCAGACCAUAAUAUACAUAUUUACCAUUUUUUUAUAUACAUUUUUUUAAACUAAACUGAAUUACUAAAAAGGAAAAACGUACAAAUUAUAAGAUGUAUUGAAUCUAAUGAGAGCAACAUUGUCUAAUUUUGUAAAAUAUUUAGAGGGUUGAAAACGUUCUUGCCAAACAAAACAAAAACUUGUAAAACUAUUUUUUUAAAAGGAAAUGUAAGUAUUUUUGUCCAAGACUCAACAACUCUUGUAUCACUCGAGACGGGUCUUUGAAAAUACCUACUUGCACUUAAAUUAUCUUAAAACGGGCACGGAUGCCAUUCUAGCAACGCUCGUGGCUUUAAUUCAAAUAACGUUAUGUGUCGAAGUAUAAU